AAAACGUUAUUAAAUCCCAAAAAAAAGAAAUACAUAUCGACAUGUGUUCGUCCGAUGACCAAAGCCACUCACUCCAUGAUCACUCGCUGUGGCGCGAGAGUGGGAGAAACGCGGUGGCGGACUAGAGGAUUAAUGAGAUUCCAAAAUAUUGUCUAGUAAGUUCCAUCUCUCUACAGUUUCAUAUGUUUCCAAAUCAAACGAUUUCUUUAGAAGUGUGGGAUUUUCUGUAAAUUUAGUUACGUGCAAUUAGUAAUUUGAUGAAGAAGUAUGUGCAGUUACCGUGGUUUGCUUUGAUCUCAUUAGGAUUUCACAAAAAGCGAUCCCAAGCCUCAACUAGAGCAGAUGCCAAAUCGAUUUUCCUAUAAUUAAGUUUGAUAGACAUUCUUGAUUUUUUAUCCAUCAGAUUUCAUUUGAACUCAUAAGGUUCUGUUAAUUGAUGAACCCUAUUCAGGGCUUUGGCGUAAAUAGAAUUUAGCGGCUGUUUCUUCCAUGACAUCCUUGGAUCUAAUAAUUCAGUCAUCUGGGCAUUAUGUUUUAGCUACAAUUAAGUUCGUUGAUAUUUCUCUUCCAAAAAGGAAUUUUGAUAGAAAAGGUUUCAAGGAAAAUGGGUACCUAGGAUCUGUGGAUCUUAGCGUGCUUACAUCUUGAUGUUUAACCAUGGAUCUCAAGUCGCAUUCAAAACUUAAGCUGUCACCAACGAGAUUCACUAAGCAUAAAUGGAUAUUAAACAUAACUGUUCUUGUUGUUGUAACAUUUGUGAUUUCACGCGGUGCAAUUUUGGCAUAUAAAUCUCGAGUUUCUAAUGCACCAAAAGAGCUUUAUUAUACUGUGGUCGUGGACUGUGGAAGCACGGGAACACGAAUUGAUGUAUAUGAAUGGAAAUGGGGGGAGAAGAGUGGUAGUGACUUGCCUGUUUUAUUGCGUUCUUUUCCUAACAAUUCAACUAAAAGUCCGCUUCGAAAGAAAUCUUGUAGUUAUCACUGUAUGCAAACCCAGCCGGGGUUAGAUAAAUUUGUCGGCAAUAUUUCAGGAGUAAGGGUUUCUUUGAAUCCAUUGAUUGAGUGGGCAGAACAGGAGAUACCGGUUGAAAAACAUUCACUUACUCCUAUUUUUGUUUUAUCUACUGCUGGACUGAGGAGAUUGGCAAAUGAGGAUGCCAAGCAGGUUUUGGAAGAUAUCGAGGCUGUUUUAAAGGGGCAUUCUUUCAUGUAUCGAAAAAGUUGGAUACGGGUGCUGAGUGGUAUAGAAGAAGCUUAUUAUGGUUGGGUUGCUUUAAAUUACAAAAUGGGGAGCUUUAGAAAUAGUUCAAGGUCAGGCACUUUGGGAAUUCUUGAUUUGGGUGGUUCCUCGUUGCAGGUUGUGAUGGAAUCAGACCAUAAAAGGGAAGAACGGGAAGAAAUGCAGUUCAUGAGGUCAAAAGUUGGGUCCAUUGAGCAUCAGGUUUUGGCUUUCUCAUGGGAAGCUUUUGGUUUGAUUGAGGCAUUUGAUAGGACUCUUAUUCUGCUCAAUCAAACACAGGUACUUGGCAAAAGUAAUGGGACUACAGUGGAGCUCAGGCAUCCUUGUCUUAGUUCAAGUUUUAUGCAAAAAUAUACAUGCUACAAUUGUUUAAGUCAUGACAACUCGGGCCAGGUAAAAUUGAGUCAUCAAAUCAGCAAAACUGGCUUUUCUUUUUACUUGGUCGGGAAACCAAACUGGGAGCAGUGCAAACGAAUUGCAAGGGCUGCUGCAAUCAAUUCCAGCAGUUCAGCUUGGUCAGAGCCUAUAGAUGCUACAAAAUGUCUUGCUAGCCCGUCAUCUUCAAAUGGUGGUAAUAAUACAGUUGUGGUCAUUCCCACCACGCGCUUUCAUGCUCUAUCAGGAUUCUUUGCAGUCUAUCAAGCAUUGAAUCUGUCUACAAGAGCCAAUUGGACAAACAUAUGGGAAAGAGGUCUGGAGUUAUGCUCUGCUUCUGAAGCUGAUAUGAUGAGAAGUAUUUCAGCAAACCAAAGUAGUUUAUGGCAAUAUUGUUUCCAACUACCUUAUAUGGCAUCACUCAUUGAGGACGCUCUUUGCCUUGGCGAUAAAGAAGUGAUAUUUGGCCCCCCAGAUGUCUCCUGGACUCUAGGAGCCGCGUUGAUAGAGGGAGAGCACUCAUGGUCAAGUUCAAGUACAACAACUACAACUGAGGACAAUUCAACUUUGGGAAAAAUUGAGCCUGUAUAUGUAUUUUCGUUACUUCUGUGUCUUCUAUUGGUUGUUUAUUAUAAUCAAAUCAAGCUACCUACGUUAAGCAGAAAGGCAUCUUUGCCAUCUUACACCCUUCCAAAACACAGGCCGAACUGAUUCAGAGGUGGUCUAGUUAGUGUCAUAUACAUUUGGUUCAUUCUUUAAGAUAGCUGUAGUAUCAUAUACAGUAUCGAAAAACAUCAAGAAUCUUCUUUUAGCUAUAGAUGUUAUAGUGAUUCAUGUUGAGAAAGUUACAAUUUUGCUGAAGUAUAAAGACCCUUUUAUUGCAAA